GGGCGCGGUGGUUCCGCCUGUAGGCGGAAGGAGCGGAGCGGUGCUGGCCGCGGCCUGAGGUGGGGGGCUCGGCGGCGAGCGGCGGGGCAGGCCCAGCCUGGCCCGGUCUCUGUGAGGAGCGAGGGCUGAGGGCGCCGCCUCCCUGAGGCGCUCACCACGGACGCUUCCUUCGCGACCCGCUGUCGGCGGCACCAUGUCGGCCCUCCCGAGGAGCUACAACCCCUUCGCCGCGGACGAGGAGGAGGAGGAGGAGGAGGCGGCGGCGGCGUGGCCGGCGAGGGGCAGUGGGGAGGCGAGCGGCGCCGAGCGGCAGCGGUACCUGCAGCAGGAGGUGCUGCGUCGCUCCGCCGCCACCGCCGACAGCACCGCCCGCUCCCUCUCGCUCCUCUACGAGUCCGAGCGGAUCGGCGUGGCCGCCUCCGAGGAGCUUGUACGUCAAGGAGAGGCACUGAAGCGCACAGAACAGAUGGUAGAUAAAAUGGACCAGGACUUGAAGACUAGUCAAAGGCACAUAAAUAGCAUUAAGAGUGUUUGGGGGGGCUUGGUAAACUACUUCAAAGCCAAACCUCCAGAGAGCAAGCCAGAGCAGAAUGGAACCCCUGAAUAUUAUGCUAACAGUAGAUUAAAAGAAGCAAUGAUGUCUAGUAAAGAACAAGAGUCAAAAUACCAGGAAAGUCAUCCAAAUUUAAGGAAGCUAGAUAAUUCAGACAAUGAUUUCAGCAAAGCAGAUUUAGUUUCUUCAGUGCAAAGGGAUUCCUAUCCGAAGAACCAACACCUGCGAGCUUACCACCAGAAAAUUGAUAACAACUUAGAUGAGAUGUCUUCUGGGUUGAGUCGUCUGAAAAACCUAGCUCUUGGCCUGCAGACAGAAAUAGAUGAGCAAGAUGAUGUGCUGGAUCGGCUAACAAAAAAAGUAGACACACUGGAAGUGAAUAUUAAAAGUACUGAUAAAAAAGUCCGACAACUUUAAAGGAUUUUUAGAAAUCUUUUUGUCCAGCGUCAGUUCUUCUUGGAUUUCUUGUCUCAACCGAUCUUUUAAAAAAUCUUGGGCAGUAUCUGUUUCUCUUUUUUUCUGGUAUGUUAUUGAUUUUGUUGUCAUUAAAAUUGCAUCAUCUUGAGUGCAGCAUAAUACCUUAAAUUUCUUCUUAAUGUACACAGGAAAAGUGCAUGUUGAGUAAAAUCUCUCAGCACUUGGUAAAUGCUUUUGUGCCGGAUACCCCGCUCAAUUGUAUAACUGUGUCAUGUGCGUGGAGGAAUUUGCAAUGUACAAAGCUUCAGUGUCCUUGGCCUGGGAGCUCUGAUGAGAAAAGUAACUGCAUUUUGCCUCUGUUUUGGGGAGGGGGCAGGGGGAACAGAAUGUGCUUCUUUGUUCAGAACAAAUGUUGCUAACUCUGUUUACCUACAGCUAUUUUAAAUUCUGAAAAAAUGCUGAUUUCCAGCUGUAAAAAUAAUUCAAAGUGACUGUUCUCUGGCAUUUCUAGGGCUUAAGGAACGAACUGUUCUGUGGAAGUUGUAAAAUAUCAAGGGUGUCAUGCAAUAAUGAUAAUAUCCUGUGCAUGUUCCCUUUCCUAAGGUGACUUUUGCCAAGUGGUGGGUCACUAAAUGCUAUCACCUUUACCAUAUUUUCAGUAAAGAUCUCUAAGGGUAUCUUAUGGUCUGCAAGAAAUGUUGAUUGACAGUGACCCAAAAAGUCUGGGUAACAAAAUCAGGACUUAAAUGUAUGUGCUCUUAAAGAUUCUUUUGUAGAAAUUGUCACCAUCUGCUUUUUUAUUUUCUGCCCUUUCUCAGCUUAGUUAGGUGGUCAUUUGAAAAAUACUUCCACUUUAGAAAUGGAGAGUUGGACUGAUAUUGCACAAACAGAUCAUAGGAGAUCGUUCUUUAAUUUAACAUUUAUUUCAAAUGGGAAUAGGGAUUGAGCAGAUGCUGUGUUUUCCUAGGUGAUGUGACUGUUUUUAAGAAACUCAGCUAUGGUUCACAUACUUCUGCAUUGGCUUAGCAGGCAUGAAAAGUUCCUGCAAAUGAAGAAAACCUCAAAAACAUUUUUGAGUCUUCCAGAUACAAGUUGGGCCUUCCAAUUUGUUUUAUUCUUUUAUAAGUAUCACUGUAGAACAAAAUAAUUACAAUUCUGGUCCAGGCUGAAGACAUGACAAUGAGAACUUGCUAUCUGUCUUGAAAACAAGUAAGUUAUUUUGGUUUGGACAGGCCAAGGGACCUGUGUCAGUAUUGCAACACUCGCUAUCACAAAUGACAAUGAGUGGCUAAGAAGAGAUAGUUACUUUUUUGAGCCGGUGCCACAUUAUCUUAUGAAUUAAAGGAAGACCUUGGUGUUUAGGGCUAUCAAGCUUGUAUCCUUCAUGAACGUCACAUUCACACCCUCCCCUUUCCUUUUUUUCAAGGGAUUUGUUACCUUGAGCUUACUUGCUACAAAGUGCACCCAGUUGUUAAGGAGAUAAAAGAAAACUUGAGCCUUUCUUGUUUUACUGUCUCCUGAAAGUUCACUUGUUGAAAAAUAAAUCACUAAAGAAGCUACACUUCUUGGACAUAAUAUUAUGGAAAAAAAUAUUAUUCCUGGGAUUACUAGCAAAGUAGAGUUGUGAAUUAGAUUUAAGGUGAGCCUCUGUCUCCCCUUAUGUUACUGAUGUUAUUGAUUUCAGUCCCUAAAAAAAAAAAGUGUUUUGCAGGGACAUAAAACUUCAAGAGCUAUUGAGUACUUUUAAAUGCUUUUUAAUUUUCACUUUGUGUCAUUUAUGCUCAUUUGGAACCAUAAAAAACCUUAUUAAUAUCAACGUAUCAUCUAACUUUUGGGGUGCAUACCAUGAUUAAUUCUCUCUUACUCUGUUAGAAUAUUUAUGAAUUAUAUGAUUUGAUGUCUCAAUAUGGUUGAUGCAUUUAUUUAGUAAAUGGUACAAUCAUUAGUUUUCAAAAUGUUAAGAACCUCAGUGAAGGAAGAUUAAAAUUUUGAUUAUAAGUGUUUUAGUUUCUUAUUUGACUUUCUCCUUUUAAUAAAAAGGGUGAAAAGACUUGUAUUUUUUCUUAUCCCAAUGCUGGUUAACAGAAACACUUGCAUCUUAGAAAGGAUGUAUAAAUUCUCUCCAGAACAGAGAAUACCAAAAAAUUGCAUAGUAAUUAGUAACACUCCUUUUACUGUGAAAUCUGCCUUCACCUGUAUGCAACUAUUUCACAAUUAAAUUUUUUCCAAAGUAAGACUUUGGUAACUAGGAUGUACGCUGAGACUUUCUCCACUAAGUUAUGGCUAAUGGAGGAAAAAAAUGGAGCUGGAGGAUCUAGUUGUGUUACAUGUAGUAAGAAAAUGCGGAGAUUGAAUCCAAGAAAAAAUUUUUCUUGAUUUAAGAGUGAAGUGAGUUGCCUUUCUGAUGUAAACUAUUCUGGUUUUUUAGUCUAUUUCACAAAACGAACUCAAGUUUUUGGUCAACUGUUUAGUUGUAUUAGCCUUAUGAAAUAUUUACUGCAUCCUGGAUAUCUUUGAUGCCUUUAAAAACACAGGCAGGGAAGGGGGGGGAAAUCCCUGUUUCUGCUUUGAGAACCUCGUGAUCCAAGCAGGCUAGAAAACCAGGAUCUCAGCCACGUGGAAGUUACACAGAGGUCUAACUUCUCAUCUCUUUUAACAGUUCCAUUCGCUGUCUCAGUAAUGUAUGUCUUUGCUUAGGCUUUCCUGCUUUAUUAUUUUUGUUUUGGUUUUUUUAAUGGCCUUGUUUUAAAGGAUUAUUUUCCACAUUGGAUUUCUUUUGUGGGGAAAAAAGAUUGCAUGGGUAUAAACGAAUUUCUGCUACAAACUGAAUUUCCUUUCUCAGCUUUCAUACAGAUGCUUUAUGCUGAUAAAGAACUUGUCUCCUCAUGUCAGUUAGACCUAAGACUAUUUUGUAAUAGUGAUGAAUUUUUUUGCUUGUUAGAAUAACUUUCCAUCCUGCAGAAGGGGGAAAUCUAAAGAAAAAAACCUACGAUUUUUGCCUUUCCAGGAAAUGUCACUUUGCAUGUGUUAUGAAGGACUUAUUUCUUACUAUUUCCUGAGAUAGGGUUUUAUUUCUUCUUGGAUGCUGUUGAAAAACUUACCUUGUGUAGGAUGUAGGACUUUCAGAAGAAAUAAUUUACACUCAAGCACUAACUUGAUAAGUUAAAUGAUUUUGUAUAAAUACUCAUGUUGGCAUAGAAAUUGAUGUCCUUGCAGCAAAAUAGCUCUGGUUAAUUUUAUUCUUAUUGGCUUGAGUAGAAGUUUAAUAUUAAGGUCAGAAGAAGAUAGCAAAAAUAUAUAUAUAUUUUAAGUCUUCUUUAUAAAAGGUGAUCUUCUUGCUUCUCAAGAAGUUUGCUAAUAAAUUUUGAAGAGGUUUUAAAUACCAGGAAGUAGCAUACCCUUUGUAACAUAAGAAGACAUACGCUAAAAACAGCAAGGAAAAAAAACGUGGGAAGAACCAGUAUCUGACUACUAGAUUGCUAGGUGUAUCUGAUUUUUAAAUUUCCUGAGCAUUGACUUAAAUAUUGUAACAAAUGAUGUGUAGCUGAAUUUUAGUCUGUACUACAAAGAUUUGUUGCUGUGCUGAACGUUACUGGCCUACUGAAACUGUUGGGACGUUAUAUGGUGUCAGGGUUUUUUUUAAUGUGUGAAAUUUAUCUGAAAUAUUUUGCUGCCUAGUAGUUUUUGUGAAGUGAUGUCACUUGUUACAUGGUGAAAUAGAAAAUACUUUCCAACCCCUCUGCCUUCUGAACAAACAGAUUUUUGUUGGUAUUUUUACAAGCAUAACUUUAUACAGAGGAUGUGUGUUAAUUUUGACUUUGAAAUGUAUGGGGCUUAACUUUCAAAAUCACAGGUAGUGAUUACUUGUGUCUAUGGCUUUUUUAAAUAGUACUUUAAUUCUAUGCCAUCCAGGUAUAACACUUUUUAUACAAGUCAAAUUGAAAUAUCUUUUAUUUAAAUGCUAAACUGGACUGUAGUUCCGCAAUUUAGGAGAUUGAAUGAAAUGCGUGUUGAAUGGUAAGAUGGUCAAUAAAGAUGCUUAUUGUUAAUGGAGAGUGCAUUUAUUUCCCAAAAUUCUUUGAUUACAACUUCAUUGACACUUCUUUCCCACAAUAAGAUCUGUUAAAAUGCUGGUCCUACUCUGUUAAGUUUGGCCAGAAUGGAAAUAAGUUUGCAGCUGGUGGGUUUUAUUUUCUGAGAAUAAAAAGAGGGUAUUACAUUUCUA